CAUUCCUUCAUUUAAAAAAAACUUCCAUACCAAAGUAGAUUAACUCUUCCCACCUAGUGUUCAUGAAUAAACUGCGAUCUUUAGUGGUACAGCUCUCCUCUACUUUAGAGAGGCAUCGGCUGAUCUCUGUGUGUUUGUAUUGUGCCUGAAUGCUAGAUAAUUGGUAUUUAAGCAACUCUAUAAUGUUUUCUGUUUUAUUCGCUUGUUGCGGUUUACUGGCGUGCCUUGAUGGAUGCGCUUCUCACGCUAUUGUGCUUCCCCAUAAUUCAGAUAGAUCAAGAGCAAAUAUACUAAAUGUUGGGGAAGAGCUGACUCGGGAAGUUCUCCCAUUUCACAUGGGUCAGUCCCUAUAUGAAUUACACGGUAUUAAACCAUUAAGGUGGUAUGAAGUGAAGAUUUCUUAUCCAGCCUCUAUACCAGCCAGAUUUUCUAUUGCAAUUGUACAAGAUGAUUCUGCCAAGAUUUUCAAUCUGGGAAGAAGAUUGCUAAACACAGAAAAACUAAUAUUCAAGGCAGACAAUAUUGUUCCGGAAGUUUCCGGAUAUGAUAGAGUUUUUGCAUUCGUUUCAGUAGAGCCUGCAGGUGUUGUUGCAAAAUCUCAUCUUAGAGAGCAACAAUUUGUAAUAUUUAACAUUGUUUGUGAUGAACCACUCUUUGGAAUUCCAAAUCAAGCAUGGUGGGUGGGCUUUCUUGUAGUCUUUGGUGUUGUCAUCAUUUGUUCUAUACCAAAUUUUCUACCCACUGUGUGGCUUCCAGGGAAAAGUAACAAGCGACGUAAGUAGCAAAUCUUCUAGGUUUUUUUCUGUUCAGGUUGAAUGGAGCCUAUGAAGAUUAUUGGAAUUAGCAGUUAAUGUGCGUAAACGUGCUCACAUUUUGAUGCCUACUUCGAUAGCAUCAAUUCUUUGUGGGCAACCUUGGUGUAGCGCAAGGGAUGAAAUAUUUCCAGUCUGAAAGUUUAUUUUCAGAGGUUGAUAAAAAAAGUUGCCGAAGAAAGAAUAGGAUCUUCAUAGUGAAAUAUUUAAAUAACAUUUCUUUUGGACUUUUUUUUAGUGGACACCAUUGUAACAGAGAGAGUCAGAGUUGUUUUACGUCUGAAAGUUAAUUUCAGAGCUUGAUAAAAAAAAUUGCUGAAGAAAGAAGAGGGUUCUUCACAGUGAAAUAUUGACAUAACUCCCGUUUUGAACUUUUUUGGAGUUGACACCAUUCUAACAGAGAGAAUCAGGGUUGUUUUAUUAGAGCAAGUCGUUGUUUUAAUGCAAGCAGGCAAUUCUCAAUCAGGUUCUUGUAGUUUUCAGAGUCCUUGAAAUUAAAAAUUUGUUUCUCCUGUUUUAAACUUUCAAAGCUGUUAUAAUAAAGCUAAAGGUGCAGGCAUGAAUGGGAAUAUAUGACAUCAGUUGUAGUGA